UUGUAUACUCAGGAAUUAUGCUUGCUCUUUCUUUCUUCCUCUCUGGCUCCCGCACUAGAGGAACAGCCUGCUCGAUUUCAUCACCAAAUCCCUACUUCGAAGAAGCCUUUCAUUCGAGUCCAGGUUGAGGUGGAUGUCUUUUGUAGGAUUGGAGUCUGGGCAGUAAGGGCUAACUCAUAAUGAGCACAUUUGGCGAGAAUGAUUGCGAAGAUCAGUACUCUGAAAUUGGAGAAAAGCCUGAGAUAGGUUUUAUGGAUUUUGAAGAUGAUAAGUCCUUUCACAAUUUUGAUCCAUUGGAAGGUCCUGUUGUUAUUACUGCCCCUUUCCCCUUAGUCCAUGGGAAACCUCAGUCUGUCCUGAUUGGAGAAACAUCGGCAGCAUCAAUUGAUAUCAGAAACACCACCAGUGAUCCGGUAGUGCUCUGGAGCAUCCGGAUCUUCUCGUCUAAUCCAGAGGACAGUUUUGUUCUAUCAAUGAUGAAGCCUCCAUCUGACAAUGCUACAGAGGAAGAAAGGCAAAACUUUGUGGGUGAUUAUAAUUUGGAAGAUAGGGUGCUUCAGCCAGGGCAAACCCUCAAAGUUUGGCUUUCAUGCAAGCCAAAAGAGAUUGGGCUACAUAGUUCUGUUAUUCAUUUCGAUCUGCAAGAUGAGAAAAUCGAACGUGUUGCUUUUCUGAUUGCAGAUGAUAACAUUUCACGGGAUUUAUUUUCCAACAAGCCUUACAAAGCAAAUUCUAGGAGGAAAAUGUUUGAACAUACACAGUAUGUAGCAGGACCUCGCCCAUCUCGGCCAAACAGUCAAAUGUACAGAUACAUUCUUCCUCAAUUUAAUAUUCCCCGGGAUCUACGCGAAAUGAUUGAAAAUAAACAGGUUCCUGAUGUCAUUAUAGAAGGCUUAAAUGAUGGAAACUAUGCAAAAUUUUUUAGCGCCCUACUAGUCAUGGAGGAAAUUAAUCUUGAGCAAGAGAUGCGGGGGUACGACAUGGUGGGUGCAACUAUGAAAAGAAAGGGAAACUACUUUUUGUGUCUAGAGGUACCUGGAUUGGCCGAGAAAAGGCCGUCGCUGGUUUCUGGGGACCAUGUGUUGGCACAGCUAGCAACAGAUGAUGCACAUGAUAGACAAUCUUAUCAGGGUUUCAUUCACAGAGUGGAGGCAGAUGAAAUAUACCUGAGAUUCGAUAAUGUUUUUCACCACCGCCACCAAGAAGGUGACAUUUAUAAUGUCAGCUUCACGUACAAUAGAGUGUGCAUGAGAAGGUUGUACCAAGCAGCCCACGCGGCAGAAAGCUUAGGUGCAGAGCUUCUCUUUCCAGCGCAGACACCUCAGAGAAGAGCUAUCAAAAGAUCUUUUCAACCAAUAAAUCCAAAUCUGAACAGGGAGCAGGCCUGUGCGGUUGAAAUGAUACUUGGCUGCAAAGGUUUUCCCCCUUAUGUAAUUUAUGGGCCUCCAGGGACUGGCAAGACUGUUACACUUGUUGAAACUAUAUUGCAGCUCUACAAAACCCAGAAAAGAGCUAGGAUCGUUGUGUGUGCUUCAUCUAAUAGUGCUGCCGAUCAUAUUCUUGAAAAACUCUUGGAUAGAGACGGAACUGGUGUUCGGACAAAUGAGAUGUUUCGAUUGAACGCAACCAGCCGAGCAUAUGAGGAUGUGAAGCCUGAUUUUCUUCGCUUUUGCUUCUUUGACGAGAUGGUUUUCAAAUGCCCCCCUCUGAGAGCCUUGCUAAAGUACAAGAUCAUCAUAUCAACCUACAUGAGUGCAUCGCUACUAUAUACUGAAGGCAUUCGUAGAGGGCAUUUCUCCCACAUCAUAUUGGAUGAAGCAGGUCAAGCAUCUGAACCUGAAGCCAUGAUUCCAAUCUCAAACUUGAGUAUCAAGGACACUGUCAUCGUGCUUGCUGGAGAUCCUAAGCAAUUGGGACCUGUCAUUUAUUCAAGACAAGCUGAGAAUUAUGGUUUGGGAAAAUCAUUCUUGGAUAGGCUUUUCGAGCACAAGUAUUAUGGAGGCACUGACGAGAACUAUGUCAUAAAACUGGUUAGAAACUAUCGUUGUCAUCCGGCUAUCUUGGAUCUUCCUUCAAGGCUUUUCUACAAUGGCGAGUUGAUUGCUUCUAGAGAGGAUACAAUCUCAACAAUGUAUGACUAUAUGGACCUUCCGAACAAGUCCUUCCCUGUCCUUUUCAUUGGAAUUCAAGGAUGUGAUGAAAGGGAGGGUAGUAAUCCAUCAUGGUUUAAUAGAAUUGAAGCCAGUAAAGUGGUUGAGAUCAUCAGAAAAUUGAGGAGGAAUACUGAUCUGUGCGAGGAUGAUAUUGGAGUGAUCACUCCAUACCGCCAACAAGUUCUCAAGUUAAAGAAAGCACUCGAGUCUCUGGAGAUGCCAGAACUGCAAGUUGGUAGCGUGGAGCAAUUUCAAGGGCAAGAGAGGGAGGUUAUAAUUAUAUCUACAGUGAGGUCCACUAUCAAGCAUAAUGAGUUCGAUCGUGUGCACCAAUUGGGAUUCCUUAGCAACCCUAGAAGGUUUAACGUUGCCAUUACUCGUGCUAAAUCUCUGCUCAUCAUAGUAGGCAAUCCUCACAUCAUUACGAAGGAUUGUAAUUGGGACAAGAUUCUCAGGCACUGUGCAGAUAAUGGUUCAUAUCAAGGUUGUCCUCUCCCACCACCAGAGGCGAAUGACCAUAUCAAUGGUGCAUCAUCGGAACAUGAUUCCAAAUGCGAAGAUUCGCAGAAUGACCAUAUCAAUGAUGCAUCAUCUGAACAUGAUUCCAAAUACGAAGAUUCGCAACCUUACAACGACAACGAUGCCAAAUUGGCGGAGGAUGAAACAGCUCAACAAGAAGUUGGAUGGAGUGAUUUGCCUAGCUCGAACAACUACGGCUCCAACUGGAAUGACGACCUCCCAAAAACUAAUGUCGUUACGUGGGGUGAUUUUGUCAUAGAACCAACUGGGUGGGAUUAAUGAACCUUGGAAGCCGACGCCUGCAGUGAAAGAAGACUAAAGCUUUCCACGCUUUGAACUCAGUUCAGCAACCACUUCAUUCAUGCUGCUUUUCUUUGUGUAUAACUUUCAAGUUUAAUCCGGGGAAGAGGUUUCGAUAACUAAGAACAUUUGAAGGAGUUUGCUUGUCAUAAAGCAUAUGGUAACUAAGAACAUUCUUAUUUCAGUGCUAUUAAAGCAAUUCAAAAUAUCAAA